GCCGCCGCCCCGCCUCGUGCCCAAGGUGCUUGCCCCUGGCCUCCCCCGGCGUCCACGGCAGCGAGCUGGGCGCCGCGCCUAGCUCGACGUCGCCGCCUCAGCGUCGCCAGCUCUCCUUCCCCGGCGAUUCAAUUUGACAGGAGCAGGAAGGAGAUCACCAAUGGAGGCUUGCGCCGCCCGUGCCCCAGGCAAAAUCAUCCUCGCCGGUGAGCACGCCGUCGUCCACGGCUCAGCCGCCGUCGCCGCCGCCAUCGACCUCUACACGCGUUGCUCCCUUCGUCUCCUGCCCCUCGCCGCCGACGCUGACGCCGAGGCGGGCGCCGCUGCGGUGGAGCUGGAUCUCAGGGACCCCGGCCUUGCCUUCUCGUGGCCAUGCGCGCGCCUCCACGAGGCGCUUCUGACGGAGGCGGCAGCGGGGGCACAGGACCCGAGGUCCUGCUCCCCAGACCGGCUGGCCGCCAUCACGAGGCUCCUAGAGGAGCAGGAGAUCCCCGAGGCAAAGAUCUGGCUCUCCGCCGGCCUUUCCGCCUUCCUCUUCCUCUACACCUCCAUCCUGGGGUGCAGACCCGGGAAAGUGACAAUGAGUUCGGACCUGCCCAUGGGGUCGGGGCUCGGUUCGUCGGCCGCCUUCUGUGUGUCGAUGUCGGGGGCGUUGCUGGUGGCCGCCGGCGCCGUCGCUGGAGCCGUCGGCGAUGGCAAGGGCACGGAGUGGGAGUUGGUCGGGAAGGAUGAUCUGGAGCUAGUUAACCGGUGGGCUUUUCAGGGGGAGAAGAUUAUCCAUGGCAAGCCUUCUGGCAUUGACAACUCUGUCAGCACUUUUGGAAGCAUGAUCAAAUUCAAGAAAGGAGAACUGACAAGCCUUAAAUCUAGCAAUCCUAUUAAAAUGCUUAUCACAGAUACAAGAGUCGGUAGGAACACAAAGGCCCUUGUUGCUGGUGUCUCUGAAAGAACAUCAAGGCAUCCAGAUGCAAUGGCUUCUGUAUUCCAUGCUGUGAACUCUAUUAGUGAAGAGCUUUCGAGCAUUGUCGAGCUAGCAGCUAAUGAUGAGAUAGCUAUCACCUCAAAGGAGAAAAAGUUGGCAGAACUCAUGGAGAUGAACCAAGGUUUGCUUCAGUGCAUGGGUGUUAGCCAUUCUUCGAUAGAAACUGUACUGCGAACAACAUUGAAAUUCAAUUUGGUCUCUAAGUUAACUGGAGCAGGAGGUGGUGGUUGUGUUUUGACUCUGAUACCGACUUUGCUAUCUAACUUAGUUCUGGAGAAAGUCAUUGCAGAGCUCGAGUCACAUGGUUUUCGCUGCUUUAAAGUCGAGGUUGGAGGACAGGGUCUUCAAGUUUGCCAAGGAGACUGCUCGUGUUUUAAUGGAAACGUUGUAUAAAUAUAGAUUAGUCAACGGUCUAAGACUUUGUUCUUCAUAUUGUUUCAUCUAGAUUAGUCAGGCCCUGGCACCUCGCUGUAUCAAAUAAUCUGACAAUCUUACCGUCGCAUGAUUGUCAUUGGGUUUUGUAUCACAUAUUGUUGUAAUUGUUGUGCCGAAUUAAACAUUUCACCGCAGUAAUUGGGUGUGUCAGACACAAUAACUGUCAUAUCCAAGACUAAGAAAAUUCAAAUUUUGUA